CAUGAGGGUGCUGGUAGAUGCUCGAGAGAAACUUCAUAUUCCAUGGGGUGAUCAUUCAAACCAGUUCCACGGAGACAAGAUGAUGGCCUUUGACACCCGCUCGCCCAUGGUGGCCCAGGGCAUGGUGGAGACAAGGGUGUUUUUGGAAUACCUCCCUGCCAUCCGAGGGCUUUGGGCAGAUAGUGGCAUACAGAACGCUUAUGACCGGCGCCGAGAGUUCCAACUGGGUGAAUCCGUAAAAUAUUUCCUGGAUAACUUGGAUAAGCUUGGAGAACAAGACUACAUUCCAUCCCAGCAAGACAUCCUGCUCGCCAGAAGACCCACCAAAGGCAUUCACGAGUACGACUUUGAAAUUAAAAAUGUUCCUUUCAAGAUGGUUGAUGUCGGGGGGCAGAGAUCGGAGCGGAAGCGGUGGUUUGAGUGCUUUGACAGCGUGACGUCCAUCCUGUUCCUCGUGUCCUCGAGUGAGUUCGACCAGGUGCUCAUGGAAGACCGCCUCACCAACCGCCUCACGGAGUCGCUGAACAUUUUUGAAACCAUUGUCAAUAACCGAGUCUUCAGCAACGUCUCCAUAAUUCUUUUCUUAAACAAGACAGACUUAUUGGAGGAGAAAGUGCAGCUGGUGAGCAUCAAAGACUACUUCGUAGAGUUUGAAGGGGACCCGCACUGCCUCAGAGACGUCCAAAAGUUCCUGGUGGAGUGCUUCCGGAAUAAGCGCCGGGACCAGCAGCAGAAGCCUCUCUACCACCACUUCACCACGGCCAUCAACACAGAGAACAUCCGCCUGGUUUUCCGGGAUGUGAAGGAUACGAUUCUUCAUGACAACCUCAAGCAGCUCAUGCUGCAGUGAUGUACACACAGACUUGCUAGUUGACACCCCAUUGUGUUUCCAUCGUCUUUGGUUUGGUUUGUUGUUUUUUAAAUAGCAGUUUACAACAGGAAUUAGAGAAACCUUGAUUCUAUGUUUAGCUUCUGGGAAGUCUUGGUCCCUCUUGGUGUGGCAUUGCGUUUGGGGCUGCAAGCUGCUGGCUGAUGCCCUGUCAAUUCUGCCAAAGGUC